AUUAGUUAAAGUAAUAGUAAAAUAAAGUAUAGGAGUGGUGACUUGUUACUGGUCUGCAUGUUUGUGGGUGCAAGCUGUAGCAAGUCCAAGAAAUGAUAGGUGAGUUGUAUUUGUGCAGUUUUCCAAUCCAACCAACUCUCAACCAUAAAAACCCUCCCCAUCGUCCCCACUUCUUUCAUCUCAUUCUUCCUUGCCGUCUCUUUUACACUUUCUUUCUCCAAUUCAUUGCUACCUUCCAAAUUAAUCCCACUUUUAUUAUACUCCUACCCUCUCUGCUCUUCCAAAUCAUUAUUAAACCUACGCAGAUCAAAAAAUCAAACACCCACACACACUCUGUUUCCCUCAUCCAAUUAAUUAAUUACUAUUUACCAUUUCCUUUUAUUAUGGCUGUUGACCUACACACUGGUGACACUACUCAUAAUAAUAACAACAACGACGACGAUGAUGAUCAUGUUCUCUCAGUUAGCGACAACAAUCACGCCUAUUCACCUUUAAAACCAUCACCACCCCAUUCCAACCACGUUCCAAUGGAUGACAACAACGAAGACGAUUUCAUCACCGAGUUAACUCACCAAAUGACUCACUUCAUGCUUCAAGAAGACGAUCACUCAUUCGAUUCCUCCCACACUCACAAUUCGCAACUGUCAUGGGACAUAACGAGUUCGCCUGAGUCAACUCUGUGGUCACCGGUGAGUUGUAACCGAGGGAGUUCAGAAGGUUCCUCGCAGGAACCAUCGCCACCAGCUACACCUGGAAAGUUCCAAGACUCUUGUUGGAAGACAAUAACAACCUACGAUGUGUUUGAGAAUAAUACUAUGAAGAAACUUAACGAAAGAGCGAUUUCUAAAUACAAUCAUGAUUAUGAGAUUGAGAGUUCUAACAAGUCCUCCAAUAUUAAUGGCCUUAGUUCAUUCCAAACGUUGAUUCAGGAACAGAUUCGAGCCAUUGAAGUAAAGCAACAACAACAUAAAAUCAGUGGCAUGAAACAAGAUCAUGUUCUGUCUCCGAAGAAAGGUAAUGGGCGGAACUGGGCUGGUCGUCGUGCAAUAAGGCCCAGUCCAGUGCAGACCGGUUCAGGUAUGCGGGCGGUUUAUCUUGGUGGGUCCGGUUCAAGAUGUGGGACCGGUGUUUUCUUGCCUGGUAGUGGAACUGCUGCUUCAUCAGAAUCAAAAUCAAAAUCAACCAACAAACAAGGAAAAGGUUGCUCCGCUGUCCUUAUACGGCCAGACUAUGUAAGCAAGAAAACAAGUGUCCUAAUACCAGCUAGAGUUGUGCAGGCUUUGCAACUACACUUUGACAAAACGGCUGCACUGUCUCAAUCCAACCCUCCUCUUAAUGCCAAUGAUGAUGUUGUGAGCAGCAUGUAUCCACUUGAGAACCACCGGUUCACGACAACGCCGACAGAUGUCCUGAAUGAUAUGAUUCUGCCUCAUGAAUGGACGUAUUGAGGUUCAUUUCAAUUAAUUGAAGAAAUAAUCCAGAGGCACAUACAUGCAUUUGCAAUCCUUUUAGUUUUUACACACACAUGUGAUCAUGUCGAUAAAAUAAUAAUUGAUGUUAUAAAUAAUAACUCUGUUUUGGCACUUGUCAAACUGAUCCAUGAAAUAAACAAAGAAGGAAUUAAAAUGAAUAAAAAUAAUAAUAAUAAACUAGAAAAGGAACUCCCCACCGAUCGAUUAGAUUAGAUUCAUGAAUAUGCAGUGGGAAUCUUUUAUAGGUCUCUAUCAGUAUGACAACUACAUAUGUAUGUAGCUUGUUUUAUACUUUGCUUCUACCUUAAGUUGUUUAUUUUAUUUUAUUUUAUAUAUCUAAGUUUGCGUAGCA